GGUGGAAGCUUAUUGAACUGUAUUUGGCCCAUUGAUUCAGACCUUUUACAGAUUUUUGUGGACGCGGGACAGGCCACAGUCAAAGAUGCUGGCCUCCACAUCGCGAAACUCUCUUAAGAGAGUCUCCAGGAAGGCUGCGCUAUGGUCUUCCCAGUCAGAGUGCACCGGAGUGUUGCAUGUGCCCUUUUUUCGAUGUCAGAGCACCCAACAGCAGGUUGCAGCAAAUUCUGCUCCACGUUCGAGCUCGUCUACACUCCGGAAUAAACCAUGGUCCUUCAUUCCCGAUCAAACUUUUCAGGGGACCGCACGCAGUAGUGCUAUUGCGCGCUACCAGUUCCGGUCUACAACGAUUGCCAAUGCCAAGAAAACCAUAGAUGCUCUCAGAAUGUGCAGAGAAAUGAAGCAUGAAGGCGUAAAACCGGACAUCAUCAUCUAUAAUAACCUGCUGGCAUGUCUAGCGGAAGACUGUCAUGUAGUAGAGGCUUGGGCUGUUGUCGAAGACAUGACUUCCAUGGGGAUUGCACCCGACCGACACACUUUUAAUCACCUCAUACAUGCGUCACGUCGGCUGCAGUCAUCAGUUAUGUGGGACAUCAUCGACAAGAUGGAAGCAGGGAAUAUCCCUCCGAACGAACAAACAUUUCAGCUAAUAAUCCAACGCCAAACAACAUCAGACAAAAGAAAUAUCGAAUUUGCACUGCAGUGCAUGUAUGAGAUGGGGACCCGGGGGCUCGCCAUUGAGCUCACGAUAUCUCAGGACGUGAUACGAACGGCGACAGAACUCGGCUUUUCCCGACUCGCUGUCGACCUGGCGGAGAAUUUCGAAGCUACCUCCGUCCGGAGAUUAAGCCCGGAAACAUGGAUGAGAUGUCUAGCAUCGUCUGCAGAGGGUCUCUACGCUGAAGGUGUUCAACGAUGCUGGGACAAGGUUGUGGGCGACCUUAAUGUCACACCAGACGAAGGCCUCUGUCUCGAUGUUCUCCACACUGCUGCACGUCGCGGACUCUCUGAGCUCGCAGCAGACGUCAUUCGCGUCCUUAGACUUCUGGGUGCUGACUGGCAAGAAUACCACUUUGCACCCCUCGUGGAAGCACUGUGUAAUGCUGGCAAGCUCAAAGACGCGUUCGGCACACUCGACUUGAUGCGAAGUAGUAACAUCUUCCCUACUGCAACAACUGCCCAGCCGAUAUACGACUUCCUGAAGCAGGACAUUGACAAGGUGGAUAGCGCUUGGGAACUGCUUGACCAGCUGCGAAAUGAAGGGAAGACGAUCGACAGGACCGCCAUCAACGCCAUCAUCCGCGCUGCCAUAUCACUCUCAGAUCUGCAGCGUGCCGUAGGCGCUUACAAAUCUUUCCCCGACUACAAAUGUGUCCCUGACAUCGACACCUUCAACUCCCUCCUUUCGGGCUGUAUCGCGGCCAGUCACCGUGAGCUCGGAGACAGACUGCUCCUGGAGCUGAAGGAGUUGGGCAUCAAGCCAGAUGCAACCACCUACGAGCGGAUCAUCAUCCUUUGCCUCACACAGGCUUCAUAUGAGGAUGCGUUCUUCUAUCUCGAGGAAAUGAAAGCGCAGAAGUUCGUACCGCCACGAAGCGUUUACGAUGCCAUCAUUCGCACUUGCGUCGCUGCCGGUGAUUCGCGGUACACGCUAGCACUGGACGAGCUUAAGCAGUGUGGAUACACCGUUUCGCAUAGCCUGCAGGAGUUCAUUGACUCUGGAGGACGAGAGUCACGGGCGAGGUCAUAGCGUUGAUGUUCGUUAAGUUACAUUCGUCGUCGAUAGGUAGCUCUAUCUACAUAAUUUACAUCCCAAGAUGUGGAGUUCAGAAUUGAUGCUCUGUACCGCUCCACGGAACUGUGCGUGAUUUCGAAGACAUCGAACCAUGCAUCGAUCGUUCUACAUUCGUAUGACUGCGCGAUUUGCCCAGGAGACUACGAAGCCGCCGGCGUGUCGGAUUGUAAGAGUACACAUGAUAGCAAUUGCCCCCACUUUAUAAGUCGACCCCAGAAAUAGGUCUGUUGGCUGCAUUGGAUGGACCCUGACAAGAGCAGCACCACAAGAAAAACUGCACAAACACGGCUGAUGAUCCGUCGCGGACCGUCGGGCUUGAGACUCAGAGCUCCCCAUUCCUGAUCGCCCUGACCAGUUGUGGCUACCUGCCAAACGGUUCAACAUAUUCG